GUGAUUGGUCGCGUGCUGAUGACAUCAGACGCCGCGGCGCCGUGCGCACGCGCGCGCGCGCGAUCGGAGCCGCGCGAUCGAGACUCGACGGAGGAGCGUUAGGCCGGGGCGCUCACUCAUGAGGAGCAGGAAGCUCACAGGUGGAGUGCGAUCCUCAGCGCGCCUUCGGGCCCGAAGUUACCCUUCAGCCAGCUUGGCCUCUGCCGGGGAUGUCACCAGCUCCACGUCUGGCAAAACAACAUGUCUGACUUCCUCAUCACACAAAGCUACAGACAGACGGACUUCCAAAAAGUUCAAGUAUGACAAAGGUCACCUUGUGAAGGCAGAAUUACAAAAAGUUGACCCUAAGAGUGACAUUUCUUCUUUGCCAAAAGCGGCCCCUUGUGAAAAUCAGUCUGUAGAGGACGGUGCUGAGGCUGCUGUCCCUGCAGCGGAGAGCAGAGUGCCUCCUCAGGGCUCCUCCCGGCCUGGGAAUGAGGAGCCCUCAGCAAAGGCACCCCGCAGUGAAAAUGGCCUGUCCAUAGCACCCCGCAGUGCUGCUGCAGCCCAGGAGCCAGAUGAUAGCUCUGCCACACAGGCGGAGCCUGUGCCCAGGACAGAGGAGGUGCGGGCAUCUGUGCUUCAGAUGGACAGCAGCGUCUUUCUAGAUGAUGACAGCAACCAGCCCAUGCCUGUGAGUCGCUUCUUCGGGAAUGUUGAGCUUAUGCAGGAUCUGCCACCAGCCUCUUCAUCUUGUCCUUCCAUGAGCAGACGAGAAUUCAGAAAAAUGCACUUCAGAGCCAAAGAUGAUGAGGACGACGCUGAGGGGUAGAGCAGCAGGAACUGUGCAGCUGGUGUCAAGAUCUGUAUGGCAUCUUCAAGAGAGCAUGCUCUUAACUGAACACAUAGUGGACAUUAGUAUCACUGGGACAGAUGCCUGGACACGCUGCUGCCACCACUGCUUUGUGCAGGUCUUCUCCUUUCAUAGACAACCAUGCUGGCACAGCGGGCUGGGCAGUAGGAAACAAGGAAAAGUCCCGAGGGCUUUGGCAACAAGCUUACUUUCCAUGUCAAACUGAUCACCAGAGAUGAAUUGUUUCUUCUGGAGGGACUCCUGUUUCUGAGUGAAGCUAACCAUUUUACCUUGUAGUUUUUGCAAAGUAUAUAUGAGAAGGAAAUAAAAUAUAUUUUGAAAAUACUUUUAAGAAAA